GUCCCCGACCCCGCGCCGGCGGCGGCGCGGCGCCCGCGCUUCCGCGGCGCUCGCGCUUCCGCAGCGCUCGCGCUUCCGCAGCGCUCCUCGUAGGCCGGGGCUCGGCGCGCGCACCCGCACUAAAGACGCUUUUUCCCCGCGGGUAGGAAUCCCGCCGGCGAGCCGAACAGUUCACCGAGCGCAGCCCGCGGACCACCACCCGGCCGCACGGGCCGCUUUUGUCCCCCGCCCGCUGCCUCUGUCCGAGAGGCCGCCCGCGGGGCGCAUCCCGACCGCGAGCGUCCGGUCCCAGAGCCGGGCGCAGCUGGGGCCCGAGGCUAGCAUCUCUCGGGAGCCGCAAGGCGAGAGCUGCAAAGCAAGAAGUCUUAGAAACGAAUAUAGCAUGCUUGGGCGUCGAGUCAGUGGUGAGAAGUGCCGGAGCUGGCUCAGGGAGAGGUGGAGUUUCCCAUGUGUGCUCACUGGCCCAGGGGCUAAGUCCCACUGCUUGCCAAGGUUUCUCAGUAUCCUGUCCACCCACCCCCUAUCCACCUGUGCAGGCUUGAGGAGAUGUAAAAGUCAAGAGAAGACUCUAAAAAUAGCAAAGAUGCUUUUGAGCCAGAAUGCCUUCAUCGUCAGAUCACUUAAUUUGGUUCUCAUGGUGUAUAUCAGCCUCGUGUUUGGUAUUUCACAUGAUUCGCCUGAUUACACAGAUGAAUCUUGCACUUUCAAGAUAUCAUUGCGAAAUUUCCGGUCCAUCUUAUCAUGGGAAUUAAAAAACCACUCCAUUGUACCAACUCACUAUACAUUGCUGUAUACAAUCAUGAGUAAACCAGAAGAUUUGAAGAUGGUUAAGAACUGUGCAAAUACCACAAGAUCAUUUUGUGACCUCACAGAUGAGUGGAGAAGCACACACGAGGCCUAUGUCACCAUCCUAGAAGGAUUCAGCGGGAACACAACGUUGUUCAGUUGCUCACACAAUUUCUGGCUGGCCAUAGACAUGUCUUUUGAACCACCAGAGUUUGAGAUUGUUGGUUUUACCAACCACAUUAAUGUGAUGGUGAAAUUUCCAUCUAUUGUUGAGGAAGAAUUACAGUUUGAUUUAUCACUCGUCAUUGAAGAACAGUCAGAGGGAAUUGUUAAGAAGCAUAAACCCGAAAUAAAAGGAAACAUGAGUGGAAAUUUCACCUAUAUCAUUGACAAGUUAAUUCCAAACACGAACUACUGUGUAUCUGUUUAUUUAGAGCACAGUGAUGAGCAAGCAGUAAUAAAGUCUCCCUUAAAAUGUACCCUCCUUCCACCUGGCCAGGAAUCAGAAUCAGCAGAAUCUGCCAAAAUAGGAGGAAUAAUUACUGUGUUUUUGAUAGCAUUGGUCUUGACAAGCACCAUAGUGACACUGAAAUGGAUUGGUUAUAUAUGCUUAAGAAACAGCCUCCCCAAAGUCUUGAAUUUUCAUAACUUUUUAGCCUGGCCAUUUCCUAACCUGCCACCGUUGGAAGCCAUGGAUAUGGUGGAGGUCAUUUACAUCAACAGAAAGAAGAAAGUGUGGGAUUAUAAUUAUGAUGAUGAAAGUGAUAGCGAUACUGAGGCAGCGCCCAGGACAAGUGGCGGUGGCUAUACCAUGCAUGGACUGACUGUCAGGCCUCUGGGUCAGGCCUCUGCCACCUCUACAGAAUCCCAAUUUACAGACCCGGAGUCCGAGGAGGAGCCUGACCUGCCUGAGGUUGAUGUGGAGCUCCCCACGAUGCCAAAGGACAGCCCUCAGCAGUUGGAACUCUUGAGUAGGCCCUGUGAGAGGAGAAAGAGUCCGCUCCAGGACCCUUUUCCCGAAGAGGACUACAGCUCCCCGGAGGGGUCUGGGGGCAGAAUUACCUUCAAUGUGGAUUUAAACUCUGUGUUUUUGAGAGUUCUUGAUGACGAGGACAGUGACGACUUAGAAGAAGCCCCUCUGAUGCUGUCGUCUCAUCUGGAAGAGAUGGUUGACCCAGAGGAUCCUGAUAAUGUGCAAUCAAACCAUUGGCUGGCCAGCGGGGAAGGGACACAGCCAACCUUUCCCAGCCCCUCUUCAGAGGGCCUGUGGUCCGAAGAUGCUCCAUCUGAUCAAAGUGACACUUCUGAGUCAGAUGUUGACCUUGGGGAUGGUUAUAUAAUGAGAUGACUCCAAAACCAUUGAAUGAACUUGGACAGACAAGCACCUGCAGGGUUCUCUGUCCCUGCAUCCUAACUUGCUGCCUUAUCGUCUGCAGGUGUUCUCCAAGGGAAGGAGGAGGAAACUGUAGAGUGUUCCGUUCUUCCAGGUGACAUCACCUAUGCACAUUCCCAGUAUGGGGACCAUAGUAUUAUUCAGUGCAUUGUUUACAUAUUCAAAGUGAUGCACUUUGAAGGAAGCACGUGUGCACCUUUCCUUUACACUAAUGCACUUAGGAUGUUUCUGCAUCACGUUUACCAGGGAGCAGGGUUCCCCACGGUUUCAGAGGUGGUCCAGGACCCUAUGAUACUUCUUUUCUUUCUUUUUUUUUUUUUUUUUUUUUUUUUGAGACAGAGUCCGUUCUGUUGCCCAAGCUGGAGCGCAAUGGUGUGAUCUUGGCUCACUGCAACAUCCGCCUCCCAGGUUCAAGUGAUUCUCCUGCCUCAGCCUCCCUCGCAAGUAGCUGGGAUUACAGGCGCCUGCCACCAUGCCCAGCAAAUUUUUGUAUUUUUAGUAGAGACGGGAUUUUACCAUGUUGGCCAGGCUGGUCUCAAACUCCUGACCUCAAGUGAUCUGCCCUCCUCAGCCUCGUAAAGUGCUGGGAUUACAGGGGUGAGCCGCUGUGCCCGGCUGGCCCUGUGAUACUUCUGUGAAAUAAAUUGGGCCAGGGUGGGAGCAGGGAAAGAAAAGGAAAAUAGUAGCAAGAGCUGCAAAGCAGGCAGGAAGGGAGGAGGAGAGCCAGGUGAGCAGUGGAGACAAGGGGGGCCCUGCACAAGGAAACAGGGAAGAGCCAUCGAAGUUUCAGUCGGUGAGUCUUGGGCACCUCACCCAUGUCACAUCCUGUCUCCUGCAAUUGGAAUUCCACCUUGUCCAGCCCUUCCCAGUUAAAGUGGGGAAGACAGAUUCUAGGAUCAUGUGUGUGACUAAUACAGAAAGGAAACAUGGCGUCAGGGAGAGGGAUAAAACCUGAGUGCCAUAUUUUAAGUUAAAAAAAAAAAAAGCAAACACAAAGAUGCUUCAAGAUCUUCAGGAGAAGCAUGGUAUACAAGUUUCAGGGACCCUAUUUGACAAUUUUCAGAGUGCUCUCUAUGCUGAUUCCGAGUCAAGUGUGUCAGCUGUGAUUACAGUGCCUGUGGAUCUAGGCCGGGUUGGGGGGUGUGGGCGGGGGAAGGGAAGUCUGACCCGGAGCAAUUGCUCCUGCUGGUAACCCCAGCACUUUGGGAGGCCUAAGCAGGCGUAUUGCUUGAGGCCAGUAAUUCAAGACCAGCCUGGGCAACAUGGCAAGUCUGUCUCUACAAAACAAAAUUAGAAAAAUUAACUGGGUGUAGUGGCAUGUGCCUGUUGUCCCAGCUACUUGGGAGGCUGAGGUGGGAGAAUGGCUUGAGCCCAGGAAGCGGAGGUUGCAGUGAGCCAAGAUCAUGUCACUGCACUUCAGCCUGGGUGACAGAACCAGACCCUGUCUUUAAAAAGGGGGUUGGUGGGGGGAGGUUCUAGAAUGUCAUGUAGCAACCAGUUUAAGGACUGGGACUCAGGGAUCCAACUCCCACAGUUUCCCUGUGUGACCCUAGGCAUUUGACUUAGCCUUUCUGAGCCUCAGGUUUUUUGUUUCUGAAAUAAAAGGAUUGGACUAGGUAAUCUCCAAGAUCCUAGGAACCCAGGAGAAAGAUGAGAAAAUGUACAAGAAUGAACACUCAGGUGGAAAUGCUGCAAUCCUGAGAAGCCCCCAGGAUGAAUGAAAGGCACAGGACCCUCUUACCCCUUACCCCUCCCCCCUCAAGAGCUGGUUUCUCAAACCUUUCUCUUAGGCCCCUUCAAAGGGGGAAAACUAAAAAUUAUACAAGUUAUAGUUCAAGGACUUUAAAUAGAUUAUAUGAUUGCUCAAAAGGAUGGGGCUGUGAGGAGGGAACACCUUAUUUAAUCUAAUGAAAUUCCAUAGGAAAGAGACCUUUUGUAUAUGGAAUCAAUUUAUCUGCCUUCUCAGUGCAUCUGUCAUAUUCUGAAAGAUUCUGGGUUGAGCUUUUGGGAUAACCUCUAUGGCUGUGUGUGUGUGUGUAUAUUUUUUAACAUUUUGUAUAAUGAUUGGAGGUUGGUAAAAAGUAACACAACAGUACUUUUUUAAUACAAA